AUGGCGCAACAGGAGGAAGAGAAGGCUGUAAUUAUAUCAGUUCCCUCUAAAGAACCCACAAAGCAUAAGAAGAAAAAUGACAAGAAGAAAAAGGAGGAAGAAGAACUUUCUGAAGAAACUCAAAAAAUUAAGGAUGAAAUUGAGUUGUUAGCUGAAAGGGUUCGAGACUCGGAUGAUGGCGUUGCUCAGUUAGCGCUCCAGACAUUAAGUUUGCAGCUGAGAGGAGCAACAACCACAAUGACUUCAGUCCCACUCCCACUCAAAUUUCUUCGUCCAUAUUUUGGGGAUAUUGAAUUGCAUUAUGAAUCUCUCCCAGAUGAUAAUUCUAAUAAGACAGCCAUUGCCGACGUUCUUUCUAUUCUAGCAACUGUUGUUCCAAACGACACACGCAAGGCUCUUCAUUAUCGAUUGCGAGGAAGCAAGGAUGGGUUAACGAGUUGGGGGCAAGAGUAUUUGCGCAAUAUCAGCGGAGAAUUAUCAGCAGAGUAUGACGACCGCCAGAAUAAGUUGCUGGAUAAGUUAAUGUCGUCUGAGGAGUUAAAGCCCGAGCUUGAAGUGUCUGUAAGUGUGUUUCUGAAAAGAGAGCUCUAUGGAACAAAUUCUUCUGUUCAGGAUCUCCUCAAUUUAGUUUUCCAAAUCGUUCCUUUCUACAUGAAGCAUCACAAUGAGAUUGAUGCAAUCGAUCUUCUCAGUGAAGUUGAACAAAUAGAAGCAAUUGCGCGCUUUGUUGACGAAAAAAACUACUCGCGCGUAACGCACUAUCUGCUGGCAUUGAGCAACUACGCUGCUUCUGAUGAGGAGUGGACCAGCGUGCUUCAUGUGACCUACAACAUUUUCAUUGCGAUGGUACGAAACUUCCAACUUCUAUUUUUCUCAGAAGAUGUUUUUCAGGAAGAGUAUUGUCAAGCUGUGCGUGUUGGAUUAAAGCUGCGUGAUACUGAGCGUGUUAGAAAAGCAAUUUCCAGCUGCUCUUCUUCGGUUGUAAAGAAACAAAUUGGAUACUUGUUGGCAGCGUACCAGAUCAAUUUGCAAGAGCUGAAUAUCUCUCUCGAAGAAGAACCAGAUUUGCUCACAGCAACGAAUGACUGGCUCUCUGAAAUGUAUAAGCUAUUAGGAAAGGAAUUGGAUGUUUUGGAGCCCAAAACACCAGAGGAUGUUUAUAAAGCACACUUGGAAGAUCGACGUGGCGCGACUGGAUUUUUCUUAGAUUCUGCCAAAAUGAAUCUUGCCUCUACUUAUGUCAACGCAUUCGUUAAUGCUGGUUUUGGGACAGACAAGUUGAUGACAGUCGAUGAUUCAUCCUGGAUUUAUAAAAACCGUGAACAUGGAAUGCUUGCUGCUGCUGCGUCUGUUGGGUCUGUGAUGCUCUGGAAUGUUGAAGAUGGAAUUCAAAGCAUCGAUAAAUUUCGUUGGGCUUCAGAUCCGAUGGUCAAAGCUGGAGCAUUACUGGCAUUUGGACUUGUUUGUAGUUCUACUAAUGUUCCUGGAGAUUAUGCUUUUGGCCUUCUCUCUGACCAAGUGGAGGCGGGAACAGGAGCGGAACGUGAUGCAACAAUUUUGGGUCUUGGAAUUUCUCAUGCAGGAUGGCACAGAGAAGAACUCCUUUCUUUGUCGGUUCCUCUUAUCAUUGACACAUCAAUUCCAAAUGAAACAAGCGCAUUUGCUGCGUUGGGGUUAUCAUUGACGUUUGUUGGAAGCGCUAACGAAAACGCUGCUGAAGCGAUUCUUCAAACGUUGAUGGAGCGUCAAGCGAUGCCUGGAAAUUUGGAUGAGCCGGUUUCUUAUCUGUUUGGAUUGUCUUUGGGACUUUUGUUCUUGGGACGGAAAGACUCAUGUGAGGCAACAUUGGAAGCACUAGAGACCAUCAGUGAACAUCCCACGGGGAAAUACGCAAGUUCGACAGUCAUGGGAUUCGCUUUCGCUGGCUCUGGUGACGUUGCUAAGGUUCAGCAAUUUUUGAAAGCGUGUAUUGAACAAGAUGACGACAAGGAUUCCAAAGAGGAAGCGGAAGAAGAGGGAACUGCAACUGGAUCAGACGCAAAACCUGCCGCGGACUCUGAGGCGAAAGUGUGUCCAAUGCGUGGAAUGCAUCAAGCUUCCGCCGUUCUCUCAAUGGUGCUUGUCGCUUUGGGAGAGCCGUAUGGAACUGAUAUGCAGCUUCGAAUGCUCGAUCAUCUUCUUCAAUAUGGAAACACGUAUAUAAGACGUGCUGUUCCAUUAGGCCUUGCACUGCUGUCAACCUCCAAUCCAAAACCCUCAGUCGUUGAAUCUCUUUCAAAGUUAACACAUGAUACUGAUUCUGAUGUUGGAUUGAACGCGGUCCUUGCAUUAGGAUUUGUUGGAGCUGGCACCAACAACGCGAAAAUUGCGGACUUGCUUCGUCAACUAGCUUCCUCGUAUUACUCCCGCUCCCUUAAUGGCUUGUUUUGCGUUCGCUUGUCCCAAGGACUUCUCUAUAUGGGAAAGGGUCUCAUGACAAUUUCCCCAAUCCUUUCCGACGGAUUUUUGAUAUCUCCUGUUAGCCUUGCCUCUCUUCUUGUUACCCUCCAUUCUUGUCUUUUCCUAAAACAAACGUUUCUCGGACGUUUCCAUUAUUUGCUCUUCGCGCUACUCCCGGCAAUGCGGCCCAGAAUGCUUCUGACUCUAGAUGAGGAGUUACACCCGUUGCCCGUCACAGUUCGAGUUGGCCAAGCUGUCGACACGGCUGGUCAAGCUGGAAAUCCACGUUCAGUUACAGGGUUUCAGACCCACACAACACCUGUGUUGUUGGGGGCAGGAGAAAGAGCUGAAUUAGCCACAAGUGAUUACGUUCCUGUGACGUCUGGCCCGUUGGAAGGUGUUGUGAUUCUGAAGAAGGGAAAAGACACCCAGCGAUAG